AUUUUGUUUGCCGUCGCUUCUCGGCCUAAAGGCUAAGAUCAAAGUGUAGUAUACAUUUUUGCCCAGUUUCUCAUAGUGUAAGCGCCGGCGCCGUUAUCAACCAUACUACAGCAAUGGCGAUGGAUUCGGUGAAAGAGAGGACGAGCAUGCUCAUGCUAAAGAUAGGUUGGCGGCAGAUGCAUACAGUGCGUGAAAAGCAUUAUGACGACCGUGGUUAUUAUAAUUUGAUGACCAGCGCGAUAGAUUUAUUGCAAAGACCGGGCGUUAACAAAGAUAUCGAUUUGGUCAAGGCGUGCUUCGCGGUGAGAAUGGCAAUGGAUGGUACCCGAGACCGGUAUCAGAGCAUAUACGAAAGAUUAUUCGCCAUAGAGCUGAAUGGGAUUGCGCCGCGAGCUAUAUUGGAAAUAGUACGCUGGCAGUACCGGUAUGAAUUAUUCCGGUCGGUGGCAGAAGCAGGGGGCCGGGAUCUGCUGGUGGUGCUUAAAGACCAUCAGGCCCUGCAGCAGCGACCCGGUCUUGAGUGGUCCCGAUACCAUCGGGAUUUUGAAGAAGUUUCGUUCGUGGCGGGCGGCGGCUUCGGGAAUGUGUUCCGUGCCCGGAACAUUCUCGACGGUACCGUCUACGCCGUUAAGAAAGUACCGUUCAGUUGUAAGAUCAAGAACGUGUCGGUACAACUCGCGGAGGUUAAAAUGUUGGCGAGUCUUAAUCACAUCAACAUUGUGUCGUUGAAGACGUCCUGGCUAGAGCCGCUUCUGUCACACGGUAAGAGCUCGAACACCACGAACGGUUCCUCCGCGAUGGAAAUUGGAGAGGAAGAGGACGAUGACGUUGGUCCGGCGGUGAGUGCUGGUGAAGAAAAUCGCAAUCAGGGGGUCAAACGGGAAGAUCCGCCCGGUGUGAUCGUGGACGCCAAUCCACAUCUUACCCUCGAGUGGGCCACACUCUACAUACAGAUGCCGCUGUGCCAUCUGACGCUACGCGAGUGGCUCGAUGAGCGCAAUGCGUUCAAAGAUUUCGACCAAUUCUAUAUCAAGUUCCAGCAAAAAGGUCCCGUGCAGCAUGUCGAUGUGGUGCUCGAUGUGUUCCAGCAGCUACUAAACGCACUGAACUACAUUCACGCACGGGGAAUCGUGCAUCAUGACAUCAAACCUUCCAAUAUCUUAGUGAGUCGAUCGGACCAUGAUUCGGCCUUAACGAUCCAGCUGGCUGACUUUGGGUUAGCUCGCUCACGUGGAAGCUCACUCGCCGGCGUUGGAUUCGGGACACCGUUUUACGCGGCACCCGAGCAACUCGAGGGCAAGGGGACGAGCGAUCCCAAGUCGGACCUUUUUGCGCUCGGAAUCGUACUGCUCGAACUGCUCGUUCGGAUCCCCAUCGGUAUGGAGCGCGCCGAUAUGAUCAACCAAGUCUACCGGGGCCAGUAUCCUCCGGAUGUAAACCCCGAUUUUACUGCAUUAGCAAAGGGCAUGUUGCAAGAGCAACCGUCCUGUCGCCCGGAAAUGGCCUAUAUUGUAGAAAAAGUGAAGCGCUUGCAGAGCUAUCGCGAUAACUUGAUAGCGGGACAGCAGCAGAGUCUUUCGUUGGGCGAAUCAGAAAAAAGAAAGAAGCAGAAAGGGAUCGACAUGAGUUUUAAGAUCAAAAACAAGGACGUCGAACUACGCAGAAAGGAGAUGGAACUGCAGGCGAAGGACGAGGACGCAACGCCCAAGUUGUGACGCGGAUGGCCGGGAAACCAACGGUGCCGUACGUUAGUCGAUAAGGGCAAUGCCCAAUUGAAUGUUCUUUGUACAAAAAAAAAAAAAUUAUAUUUAUUAAUGUUAAUUAUGAACGAGCAAUCGUCUAAAAAGAUCCGAUAUUGCAAAAAAGAUGCAAAAUUU